UUUCCUAGUAUUUAUUCCGGCUCAGCGGAGUCGAAUAUUUUAUUCUCAAGAAGGCAAUAUGUAAUCCCACAACGGCACUUCACGUCCUUCUUCCAAGGAGCUCAAUUAUUGACACCAAAAAUACCUUGGAUGUCGAUAAAACGCGAGAAAAGUCCAUUAAAUCAAGAAGCUAUGAUGAGCUAUGUUCAAUGCCGAUUUCGAUCGGAUUUCGCACCACGCCAUAACAAGUAUCGAAAAAAACAAAAAGGACGGGUACCCGUACGUACGGGUGGCUCAACUAAAGGAAAUACCAUUGUCUAUGGUGAUUACGGUCUACGCGUAAAAGACGGCGUACGUUUAUCAUCAAGUCAACUGACAGCAGCACAUUCUGCUAUUAAACGCAAGAUAAAAGUGGUCAAGGGUUCGAAAAUAUGGAUGCGUGUGUUUCCCGAUAUCCCUGUUACUUCGAAAGGAAAUGAAACACGAAUGGGGAAGGGUAAAGGUUCAUUUGAGUAUUGGGCUUGCAGGGUGCCUAUGAAUAAAAUUGUGUUUGAAAUAGGAGGUGGAGGAAUGCGAAGAGAAACUGCAAAAGAAGCAUUGAGAUUAGCAUCGGACAAAUUGCCUGUUAAGACAGAAUUUGUAGUAGCCGAAAGAACUUCCAAUUCUACUCCAGAAACGUCUACAAUGUUGACGGAUAAAAGUGACGAUUCCAAGGACAAUUUGGUCCAAUCCCAAAUUGUUGGUGAUGCCUGA